AUGGCCUACGAGCAGCGCUUCCAUGUCCGUCUGCAGGCACAGUUCCAGGAGGCAGGCGCUCGCAUCCUCCACCUCGAAGCUACGCUGGCUCAGAAGGAUGACCAUCUCGCUCAGAAAGAUCGUCAGGUUGCGAACUUGAACGGGCAGAUCCAGCGCAUGAUGCAAAGCACUCCCAACAAUGGCACACAGGCCAUGACGACAGCCAUGCAGACUCAGAUGAAUCAAGCCACCGCGAGAUACACGAGUGCAGAGAAUCAGCUGAGGCAGAUGGUCCAGAAGUACAACACUGCCACAGCUCAACGACAGCAGACGGAUCAGCAGCACCAGGCCCAGAUCCACUGGCUGCAGCAAGUCAUAGAACAUCUGAAAAAGGAGAACAUGGCCCUCAGAAGCUCGGGCGGUGUUGGAAGGAAGGCGGACAUGGAGACAGUAGUACAGGACUAUCAGGCACCGGAGAAGCAGUUUUGGCCUCCCAAGAAGCAGAAUCCACAAGGCGACAAGUGCCCGUCCUCGGCCAAGAGAAAAGCCGCCGAGCAGCAUGUUGCGGACGAUGACGAGGACGACGAGGAGCUCAGUGCAACUGGGCUUAAGCAAGAACCUGGGGACGAUCACGAACCUGCUCAAUCGACGAAUUCCUCGCACGAGAAUCUGUCUCAUCCUCCAUCACCACAGGUCGUUACCCAAGGUUCGAUAGGCCCGAACGCCUCCUUGGCUGGAGAACCUCCGACCCAGUCCAGCCCUGUACAACACCCUCACAGGCCAUCGUUUCCCCAACAAGGGGGUUCGCUCGCAACGAGGACGGCAUCGAACGCAAGCUCAGCGAACAGUUCAUCGAUCAUGACAGCAGGCCCACGUACUACCCUUACGAAAUUCCCUCAGGAGCAGUUCAUGCCUCCUCCACCCAUGUCAUCCAGACAAGAUUCGCUUCCAAUUCACCCAGAAGCGAACCACCGCUCGCGGGCGAAUGCUGUGGACCACUCUGCAGACGACUUGAUCGUGACCAAGGUGAGGCAACGGAAGGCAAGCGCACGAGACGACAUCAAGAGUGAAGUCCAGGACCUCGCGAUCACGGACCCGGCAUCUAAGGCGAAGCUUCACAUCAAGGAUCCACAGGCCAGAACACGCCAGGGUUCGAGGCGGUCGACGCACAGCGAAGUCAUUAACCUCUGCGAAUCCCCGUCUCCAGAUCCAGAUCCACCGACGAAGCGUCGUCGUACCAACGGCAGUUCGUACGUCCCGCCGCCACCGCCGCAGAACCGCAACCCGACGCGUGGAGACAUUGAGGAUAGAAUGAGAUUCAAGGCAAUCACGGCGCACGGCGCGAACAAUGCAAGUUUCAAUUACCUUGAUUCAGAAGACGAUCUCGCUGACGGUGCUCAAGCCCUCUGGGAACAGAUCGAUGCCGUCUACGAGCUCUGGGAGGAAGCCAAAGGCGAGGACUGGAAAUACGAGUUCGAGGUGAAGCUGAAGAAUCAGAACUCCAAGCAGUGCGUGUCGUCGAAGUUGAAGAUCGAGGGGAGGGAGAGCGGGAAGUCGAAGUGGAGGGUUGGGGGUGAGUGUUUGUAUGCGUGCUCUUAG